AUGUUACCACCACCGCUGCCGACGACCCUCGACGCCUCCAUCGCUGCUGGCCUCGUCAAGCAGCACGGCCGCCUGCAGCCUCUGGACGAGCGGCAGGCGGUCCUCUGCGACGCUUCGAUCGAGCGCGUCCAGCCCAGCUGGCGGCCCGCUCUGGACGCUGCGCUGGCCGAGUGGCUCGCGCUUCCAAAGGAGGUGACCGGCCUCUCCUUGAUUGCCGUCUACGCACGCGGCUCCAUCGUUCGAGGCCUCGCUCUCGAAGGCAUCUCGGACGUCGACACGCUCGGCUUUGCGACGGUCUCUCACUCGGACGCGGACUCGGAGCUGAAGGCGUGGCAAUCCCGCGGCUCCGAACGUGCCCGCCGCAUGCGCAGCGCCUACCCCUUUUGCUCGGGUCUCGAGAUGCGCCUGGCUUCCGGGGGGCUGGACGCGUUUCCGGCCUCCCGUUGA